AUGAGAUUAAAGGAGUUUCAUGUAACGCAAGAGAAAAGUAGAAGCAUGCUUUCAUUGAAUAAUGACGAGGUUAAUGAAGUUUCAUGUAACGCAGGAGAAAAGUUGACGCAUACAUGGACUCUAAGUUCAGUACAAGGCUGUGGUGACUGGUGUGUAAGGACAUGGCAACGGACUUUGCUCAAGUCGACGAUAAAACAAAUUCCAGAAGAGGUUGAUUUGACUGCUGGAAACAACCAGCAGCAUCCAACUGGUUCACUCUUUUUAAGGUUUGGCAAGGCCAGGUGA